AAUCGCUGCAAAUUGUAUCAAAACAGAUUUGUUUUUUACUUGAGAUUAAUUUGGACGAGAGGUAACAGCUUUUAACAGGGUAGUAUUCUCUGCUGUCAAACGGGUUAGUCUGUACGCAUGUGUGUGUGGAUUUAAUGGGGCGAAGAGGUAUAUUCAAACGUAAAUUUACAUAAUAAAUUGUUUAUCAGUCGGUAUUUUAACAGCCUGAUAUAAUAGAUUGAUUGUCCAACUCGGUUGAGAUUAAUAAUACAAUUAGCAGAAUUUCAUAUUCUCAUUUGCAACUGAUAAUGUCAACAUUCGGGGUGAAAUGCUUUGUCUUAUUGGCACUUUAUCAUACUUCGGUAAUAUCGGGUGAAAAAUGUUUUCUACCACAUGGUCAGCCAAACUUGGACUUCAAAAAGAUAUCAGAAACAUCUUGGUUCGUCGGUCUCCAGACACAUGACGCGUUGGCUACCAAAGUUCAGUGCGUCAAACUUGAUAACUUUACAACAACAAUCACUGGAUUCAAGUUCAUUGCCGAAGAAUAUGGCGACGGGCCCGUGGAUGUGAAAUAUUCAGUGAAUUUUGUUCGUCGUGGAGCGAAUGGACUAUACAGUUUUGAUAAGCAAAAAGACGAAAUUUCGUUGAUAUCUUCUCAUCGGCUUAUAUUUCAAAACGAUUACACAAAAGAAGUUCACGACACAGAUAAUGAUGAACUUACCGGGAACGGUGUUGUAUUCUGGACUGAUUACAAGAAUUACUUUGCACUGAUUGAAUGCCGUAAUAACGGUGAAUGGAUCCUAUGGGUUUAUUUCCCAAGUAUAACACCGUCUGUGACAAACCUUGUUGCCUUGUACAAUAAAUUACACGAAAUUGGAGUGUCAACCACCUUUCACCUUUCUCGUUGUUCGGAACAUGUUGAUUUAAUAGAUCUAGAAAACCAUAUAUUUUAACUCAUUUAUUUAUAAACAAAAAAAGGAGAACUCAGUGCGGCAUCAAAUUUUUGAUAACUACAUAAAUUGUGUUAAAAAAUAAUCGCAUUUAUUCGAAUGAAAUGAAUUCUAACAAAAAUGUAAUUAUAUAUCUGAAGAAUAUAGUUUUAAAAUCAUAUUCACAAUAUGCAAUAAAAAAAAAAUUCUGACGAAGUGCAUUUGCCCAUAUCGCUUAAUGCUGAAUUUCCCACUAAUAAUUAAAUCUUAUUCUGGAUUUCAAAUUAACGUUAGUUUAUCGAAAAGGAUAAAAUGUUUAUUUUCUUUCAAUUUGAAUCUUAUUUAUAAAUUUUGCUGUUCAUUAAAAAACCUACUAUUAUUCGAA